AUGGGGUGGGAUGAGGUGGAGUGGGGUGGUACUGGUGUGUGCAAUUGUGUGUGUUGCGUGCAUGGGGUGUGUGUGUAUGCAUGUAUGUAUGUGUGUGAUUUGAGGGCAAACGACAUACAUUUGACGCAGAGCGAAGGCAUUGAGGCCGAAUGUUGCUUUGGUGUUAAGGGCAAGAGAGAUAGAGGAACGGUGGUGAAAAAGAGAAGGCAUGAAGAAGGAGGAGAAUUGAGGAAGACAUUCAGGCAUGUAAUGGGUGGGACAUUAGGUCAAUAUUUUGGGGAUAAUUUUUGGUAUGGAAAGGAGAUGAUCUCUAUCUCGAUGGAGAGAGAGAGAAGAGUGAUGGGUGAGAUUGUGUGA